UAACCCCCUGAUUGCACCCCCUCCGUGCCCCCCCCCCCAGUGCUGAACCUGACCCUGAUCGACCUGCCGGGCAUCACCAAGGUGCCAGUGGGGGACCAGCCCCAGGACAUCGAGUUCCAGAUCAGGGACAUGAUCCUGCAGUUCAUCAGCAGGGAGAGCAGCCUCAUCCUGGCCGUCACCCCGGCCAACAUGGACCUGGCCAACUCCGACGCCCUCAAGAUGGCCAAGGAGGUCGACCCUCAAGGGCUGCGGACGAUCGGGGUCAUCACCAAGCUGGACCUGAUGGACGAGGGCACCGACGCCCGGGACGUGCUGGAGAACAAACUGCUGCCCUUACGGAGAGGGUACAUCGGGGUGGUGAACCGCAGCCAGAAGGACAUUGACGGCAAGAAGGACAUCCGCGCCGCGCUGGCGGCCGAGCGCAAGUUCUUCCUGUCCCACCCGGCCUACCGGCACAUGGCCGAGCGCAUGGGCACCCCCCACCUCCAGAGGGUCCUCAACCAGCAACUCACCAACCACAUCCGGGAGACGCUGCCCUCGCUGCGCAGCAAACUCCAGAGCCAGCUGCUUUCCCUGGAAAAGGAGGUGGAGGAGUACAAGAACUUCCGGCCCGACGACCCCACGCGGAAAACCAAAGCUUUGCUGCAGAUGGUCCAGCAGUUCGGUGUGGAUUUCGAGAAGCGGAUCGAGGGGUCGGGAGACCAGGUGGACACUGUGGAGCUCUCCGGGGGUGCCAGGAUCAACCGGAUCUUCCACGAGAGAUUCCCUUUUGAGCUGGUGAAG